CAAACGUAACCCACUCUCCCUAUAUAUACUUGACGAAUAUUUUCCGAAAAUUACCAUUGCCAUUGAACUCGUUGCAGAGACAAUGAUGGCUUUAAGCUUGAAAAAAUCGUUAUUUCUGCUAUUAUUGGCUAGCGCAGUCUUAGCAGGCUGGGAUGAGGAGCUGGAUACGGUCUUGGACAGGCUAACUCAGGCUGCCUAUGCAAGCGCUUAUGACGAAAGCUUAGAAGUCCUGCUCCCGCUCCUCCAACCCGACGGCUCCUUCUCGGAUUUGAAGUACGGCGAGGACGACUCCACGUCCUUCAUCACCCACGGCAAGAGGCAGAGCUCCCUCGCCUUCCACCACGUCAACGGGGAGGACCUGACGAGGGAGAUCGUGUCCUCCUUCGCCUUCGUCACUUACGACGCGCCGGAUAACACAGACUCUAACUGGUGGGGUCACGUGAUCGGCGUCCCCUACAAGUCGUGGAUGGGAGCCACACUUGCCAGGGAUCUGCUGAGCCAAGAACUCAUGACGGAUUACCUGGACAGGUACUGGGUUAACACCAUAGCUGGGCCUGUGUGGAACACGGAAGAACACUCCGGCAAAAUGUCUGGUGGGAACUUGGCCCCGCGAGCGAUGCUUGGCGAGGUCGAAGGUCUGUUGCGAGGAACUUAUGCGGAGGUUCACAAGGAGGUCCAAGAGGCGAUGUUCAUUGACCUGGCUCUGAGACAACCUUACGACGAAAAUGGGUUCAGGCCAGACGGUUGUCUACAUCAGCACAACAUACUGGGGGAUCGCGCCACCGGUGAUGGGUACCUGGAGCACACUCUCUCCAACAUCUACAACAGUGCUUAUGGGAGAGAACUGUUGGUGCACACGUCGAACCUCUUCAGCUGGUACACGGGGACGAGCAUGGACUUCGAGAACGCCACCAUCGAGGGGCUGUUUGGUGCCUAUUUGGAGUGCCAGCAAUGGCUCUUUCGAGGACACACUUCCGAACCCACAACGUGCGGGAGGCAUUUGACAGAUGGCGAGAUCGCCACCAGGAACGGGACAGGAGGAGCCAUACUAGCCGCGGGGAGGAACCUGCUGAAAUUAGGUCGACAUGUGGAAGAGGUGGAAUCUGUUCUUCACCGAUAUGACAACGUUGUUCCGGAUGCUGAACAUGCGCUGGUCGGGAACAAGUUCUUCUUUAACUCGGACCUCACCGUGCACCAGCGGCGGGAGUACAUGGCCAGCGUGCGGGUUCUGUCCAACCGCACUUCGAGGCCCGAGAGCUGGCCUCCCUCGCAGAACGGCGACGGGUAUUUCCAGGGCGACGGGUUCCUCACCGUCCUCGUGGACAGCGAAGAGUACGGGAAACCCAAGGCCGAGGUGUUCCUGGUGUACGACUGGGCGAGGGUCCCCGGGGUCACGAACGUCUACACGAAGGACAUUCCGCAAUACCUCACCGGGACGUACAAGGCAGAGCGAUUCUUCAACAACGUGACGUACAGCGGGGGCGUGUCCGACGGGAUGGUGGGCGCCGUUGCCAUGACGACCAACCGCCCCUACGAGCCAUUACGUCAUCUCAAAUCCUGGUUCUUCUUCGAUGACGUCAUCGUGGCCCUGGCCUCUGACGUCACUCUCGGGGGAGAUGAUGUCACGGGAGAGAGUGUUGUCACGACGUUGGCACAGCUGGCUUACAACGGAACCUACGUACUAGGGACAGCGAGCGGGGAGGAAGCGAGCCCUGGUUGGGGCAGCCACGAGGAAGCCCAACCCACGUGGCUUCACCACCGGAGCGUCGGCUACGUCUUCCUGAACGGAGACGAACAGCUGUUCACGCUGGCAGACACACGCGCGCACGGCGAGGAUGAGAUCGACGUCUUCACUGCCUGGCUGGACCACGGCCCAUCUCCCGAAGGCGCCGGCCACGCCUACGCCGUCCUCCCUGCCGCCGACGUCGACAAGACGAGGCUCUUCGCCGCGGAGCCUGACGUCGAGGUCCUCUCGCGGACGGCCUCGCUCCACGCCGUGUGCCACGGGCCUUCGCAGACGAUCGGCGCGGCGUUCGUGCAGGCGGGGGAGCUGACGUCAUCGUGUGGACCUUCCGCCGAGGUCUCCCUCCUCGUCGACACGCCCUGCCUCGCCCUCGUCAGCGUCAGCAGCGAAUCCGCUGACGCCGCUGAGCUGUCAGUGACCCUCGCAGACCCCCAGCAGAUGUAUGACGUCAUUCGGAUCAGGGUGACGUAUGGCGGGAGGGAAGCAGAGCAGACCGUCCAGAUGCCUUUCCCGCCUCUUAGGGGAUCCAGUGUCACUGUCGCUGUCAGCGUUUGAUGCUCUUUUGUUUUUCGCAGAAUCGGAAUGCACUGCUUGCUGUAAUUCUCUCUCAUUUAAUCAUCUUAUAUUCUGCAAUUCAGUGAUUUAUAUAUUCCAUUGACGAACUCUUAGCCAAAGACAUUCUGACAGGGAUGCUGAAGAUAAAUAAAUGAUUGGGCUUCA